AUGAAAGUGAUUCUUGGAUCACAAGACUUGUGGGAGCUUGUUGAUACAUGCUUUACACAACCCCAAAGGGAUGCUUUGGCGGUGACGAAGAAGAAGGAUCAGAGAGCUCUUUCACUCAUCCACCAAUGUUUAGAUGAUGCUUUGUUGCAAAAGAUUGCCGAAGCAACAACUUCCCGGGAAGCAUGGAUGAUCCUUUCAAACUUCCCAUGGUACGGCGAUGAUUUGAAGGAUAAUCGCGUGGUAGAAAAAAUCCUUCGUUCCUUAGACAAGAAGUAUGACUACAUUGUUGUAGCCAUUGAAGAGUCGAAAGAUUUAAACACGUUGGCAGUUGACACACUCAUGGGAUCAUUGCAAGCCCAUGAAGAACGACUUAACAAAAAGAAGCAAGAGUCGUUGGGGCAAGUGCUACAAACAAAACUUUCCUUGAAGGAAAAAGAGGGAAGGCAAGAGCAAAGUCAAAGAGGUCGAGGUGGAGGAUGCGAUGGAUGUGGCUGUGGAGGAUGCGGUGGACGAGGCCGUGGUAGAGGAGAAAGCAAUUUCAGAAAUUCAUCCAAUAGGGAUGAAAGAGGUCAAAAUACAUUUCAUCCAAGAAGGCGCGGAAGAGGAAAUAAUUAUAGAUUUUCUGGAAGAAGGUAUGAUAAAUCUCAAGUUCAAUGUUACAAUUGCAAUCAAUAUGGUCACUAUGCAGCCGAGUGUCGAAAUGAAGUUUUUGAAGAGCAAGUGAACCUUGUUGAAGACAAACAUGAGAGGUGGAGCCGACUUUAUUGUUGGCAUACAAGAAAGAAGAAAAGGGAGACAUGA